AUGGCCGCAAUGGAGGAGCUGGAGAUCCACAGCAAGUCUUACUUCGUGCGCUGGAUCAAUGUCGACGAUUAUCAUACCAUCUCAUGGAGCAUUCAGCCGCACAAGAAAUCCAUCAACUUUGCCAUCUUCAAGCAUCCCGGCCAGUCCGCCGUGCUGAGCUCCCAGCUGCCCUCCAGUUCCCACAGCACCGAUUCCAACGAGAACCUGCCUGCAACGAACACCGCCGGAUCACGAAAUCACUCUCAAUCCACGGUCGUUGAGAAGCUGACGGGAAUUGGGCUCAAGUCAAUCAAAUGGAUUGGCAAGUGUGAGGCUGACAAGAUCUCCCAGGGCACUUACGACGUGCCGGAGAGCGAGGGAGGAAAUUACGCGCUCGUGUUCGACAACACUUUCUCCAAGACAAUCUCCAAGACCGUGACGCUCGUCCUCCUCACCUAUCCGACCGGACUGCAGCCUACCAACUCCGCGCCGCCCUCCCUCGCGCGCUCGCAAACCACCAAACCCUCCACUGAGACUCUGAGCCAGGUGCGCACUCGACGACGGGGCAACAGCAAGUCUAUACCGAGCGUGCAACAACAGGAGCCGUCAGAUCCGUCCUCCGUCCAUACCGGACAGCUGCAGAAACGACGUCGCAAGCGAGGUCAGGGCUGGGCGCGCCGGUUCUUUGCGUUGGAUUUUACCUCCUGCACAUUGUCAUACUAUCAUGACCGCAACUCGUCCGCGUUGCGAGGAGCUAUCCCGCUCUCACUUGCUGCUGUCGCGACUAACGACAAGUCCCGUGAGAUUUCCAUUGAUUCCGGGACCGAGAUCUGGCACUUGCGCGCCAGCAACGAGCAAGACUUUGCUGCAUGGAAGCGUGCGCUGGAGAAAGCGUCCUCUGGGGCCCCAUCCAAGGACAACAAAGCUGCUGCCCCUGGCGUCCCUGAGUUACGGCUGCGCGCGCCGUCUCAGCCCUUCCAACCCUCCCCGGCAGAGGAGCAAGAAUGGUCUCGGGUGGAAGUUCUGGUGAGCCAGGUCUCCGGAUCGCGGGAUGCGGUGCGCCGACUUGCCAGGGACACAGACCCCAAAUAUCUUGCAUCUCCACUGCCGUCUCCCCAUGACCGUCCUCGUGGCCGGUCUCCCAGCCCUCAUCCAACACCCAGCGAGGGGACCACUGAAGAUGCCGGGGGAAGCCGUGAAAAGCGGCCAUUUUGGAAACGCAAGACAAGCACGCACUCGAACUCUAGCGGCAAAAGGCCUCCGCUACUGACCACCAGCUCCAGCUCUUCCCAGCUGGUGGUGCCCGGUGGAGACGGGUCGACUAAACCGGCGAGCAUAGCUAGCCAUGCUGAAGAAGUGCACGAGGUCCACGACCAUCUAGUAGCCGUGUUACGGGAUCUCGACAAUGCGGUUUCCGAGUUUUCCACGUUGAUCGCCGAGAGCAAGCAGCGACGGCACCCGCCCUGGGCCAUGGCAGCACCCAGACGAAGCAUGGAGUCUGACAUGUCGCAAGAGUUCUUUGAUGCGACAGACGGUGGUGUUGCGUCUCCGCUCUUGACGAUCCAGGACAGUGAUGAGGACGGCGCAGCCACCGCCGCAGAGGACGUGUCAGACGAUGCACCUUCAGACAGUGACGAGGAGGAGCCUGGAUCUACGCGGCCAGAUGCCAACAGCGCAUCGCCUCUCUUCCCGACAAAGUCCAAGUCUUUGACCCCGCUGCCUCUGGAUGCUGUACGGCGCCGGACGAACAUCACGGCUCCGACGGUCCUGCCACCCAGCUUGAUUGGCUUCCUUCGCAAGAACGUCGGCAAGGAUCUGUCUACAAUCUCGAUGCCCGUGUCCGCAAACGAACCGUUGUCACUGCUCCAGCGCGCAGCAGAGAUCUUGGAAUAUUCCACGCUGCUCGACAAGGCCUCGCAAGCAACAGAUGCCGUGGAACGGUUGAUUUACGUGACCGCAUUCGCGGUAUCCUCGCUGUCUAGCAACCGAGUUCGUGAGCGAGCCAUCCGCAAGCCGUUCAACCCCAUGCUCGGCGAAACCUACGAGCUCGUCCGCGAAGACCUCGGCUUUCGAUUCGUUGCCGAGAAGGUCUCGCACCGGCCAGUGCAGCUGGCAUACCAAGCAGACAGCCGCGAGUGGAGUCUCGCGCAGUCUCCCAAGCCCAGCCAGAAAUUCUGGGGCAAGUCCGCCGAGAUCACCACCGAGGGCCGCGUCCGCGUCACCCUCCACGCCACUGGCGAUCGCUUCAGCUGGACCCCAUCCACUUCGUUCCUGCGCAAUAUCAUUGCGGGUGAGAAGUACGUCGAACCUGUUGGCGAGCUCGUUGUCGCCAACGAGUCGACGGGUCACCGCUCCAUCUCCACCUUCAAAUCGGGCGGCAUGUUCUCCGGCCGCAGUGAGGAAGUCUCCACUCGCGCCGUCGACUCCUACAAUAAACCGCUGUCCCUGGGUCUCUCCGGUACCUGGCCCGCCUCGCUCUCGCUCACCCGAGACGGCAACGCAGGCAAAACCAUUUGGAACGCGGGACCCCUCGUCCCCAACGCCCCAAAACACUACGGUCUCACCGCGUUCGCGGCCACCCUGAACGAAAUCACCUCCAUCGAAGACAAACGCCUCCCGCCCACGGACUCCCGUCUGCGUCCUGACCAGCGCGCCCUCGAGGACGGAGACCUCGAUCGCGCGGAGGAAGUCAAGGUCCAGCUGGAAGAAAGCCAGCGGGCCCGUCGUCGCGAGAUGGAGGCAUCCGGCGAGAACUGGACCCCGCGCUGGUUUACGCGGGUCAGCGAUGAGUCGGACGGGGAGGUCGUUUGGCGUCUGAAAGGUGGGAAGGACGGCUAUUGGGAUGAGCGUGGCCGGGGCAACUGGUCGGGCGUUGUCCCUGUUUUUGAGGUUUGA